AUGAGGCAGGGCGUCUUGGUUGAGUGGAGCUCGAAGAUGCUUAUUCUGGCCUUCGUCCUGAAGACCACCUCGUCCCUAAAUCCGGAAGACCCCAAUGUCUGCAGUCACUGGGAGAGCUACGCGGUCACAGUCCAGGAAUCCUUCGCCCAUCCUUUUGACCAGAUCUACUACACGCGAUGCGCGGACAUCCUCAACUGGUUCAAGUGCACGAGGCAUCGGAUAAGUUAUAAAACGGCCUAUCGAAGAGGGCUCAGGACCACCUACCGCCGGCGAUCGCAGUGCUGCCCGGGAUACUACGAGAACGGCGACUUCUGCACACCGCUGUGCAGUGAGGAGUGCAAGCACGGGAGGUGCGUCUCCCCGGACACCUGCCACUGCGAGCCCGGCUGGGGUGGGAGCGACUGCUCGAGCGGUUGUGACAGUGAGCACUGGGGGCCUCACUGCAGCAACCCGUGCCAGUGCCAGAACGGAGCCCUGUGCAACCCCAUCACGGGCGCCUGCGUCUGCGCCGACGGCUACCGGGGCUGGCGCUGCGAGGAGCCCUGCGACCCGGGCACCUACGGCCAGGGCUGCCAGCUGCCCUGCCAGUGCCGCCGCGGGGCCUCCUGCGACCACCGCACCGGAGAGUGUCACUGUGCCCCCGGCUACACCGGGGUGUUCUGCGAGGCGCUGUGCCCGGCAGGGAGCCACGGUGCCCACUGCGAGCUGCGCUGCCCCUGCCAGAACGGGGGCACCUGCCACCACGUGACCGGGGAGUGCUCCUGCCCCCCAGGCUGGACCGGCUCGGUGUGUGCCCAGCCCUGCCCUCCGGGCACAUUUGGCGCCAACUGCAGCCAGGAGUGCCCGUGCCACCACGGAGGGCGGUGCGACCACGUGACGGGGCGCUGCCAGUGCCUGGCUGGCUACAUGGGAGACAGGUGUCAAGAGGAGUGUCCCGUGGGCACGUUCGGGUUCCAGUGCUCCCAGCGAUGUGAGUGUCACAACGGGGCCACCUGCUCCCACGCGAGCGGAGCCUGCCGGUGCCCCCCAGGCUAUCAGGGGCCCCGGUGCCAGGAGCGGCUGUGCCCGCAGGGGCUGUUCGGCCUCAGCUGUGCCCACAAGUGCCCUUGCCACCCCGACAACGCUCUCAGCUGCCAUCCACUGUCCGGGGAGUGCACGUGCCAAGCCGGCUGGGACGGGCCCUACUGCAACGAGUCGUGCCCGGCCGGGUACCACGGCGCCGGUUGCCAGCUGCCCUGCGCCUGUCAGAACGGCGCCGACUGCGACAGUGUCACCGGACGGUGCGCCUGUGCCCCGGGCUUCAUGGGCGAGGUGUGCUCCGUGCCCUGUGCCCCCGGAACCUAUGGCAUCAACUGCUCCUCCGUGUGUUCCUGCAAGAAUCGGGGCACCUGCUCUCCCGUGGACGGCUCCUGUGCCUGCAGAGAAGGCUGGCAGGGCGCGGACUGCUCGCUCCCGUGCCGCAGCGGCUCGUGGGGGCACAACUGCAACCAGAGCUGCGUCUGUGCCAACGGGGCGGCCUGCCACCCCGCCGACGGAUCCUGCUCCUGCUCCUCCGGGUGGCUGGGGGACGCCUGCGACCGGCCCUGCCCCGACGGGACGUACGGCCUCAACUGCAGCCAACGCUGCGACUGCAGCCACGCCGACGGCUGCGACCCGGUCACGGGGCGAUGCUGCUGCCUGCCCGGCUGGACCGGUGUCCGCUGCGACAGCUCCUGUGUCCAGGGCCGCUGGGGUCCGGACUGCGCCAUCGCCUGCCGCUGCGAGAACGGAGGGUCCUGCUCCCCUCAAGACGGGGCCUGCGACUGCGCCCCAGGCUUCCGCGGACCUCUGUGCCAGAGAAUUUGCUCCCCGGGCUUCUACGGGCCGCGCUGCGGCCAGGCCUGCCCGCUCUGCGUGCACAGCACCGGGCCCUGCCACCAUGUCACCGGUCUCUGCGACUGCCUUCCCGGCUUCACCGGUGCCCUCUGUAACCGAGCGUGUGCCAGCGGGCGGUUCGGGAAGGCGUGUGCCCAGGAGUGCGCCUGCACCAACAACAGCACCUGCAGCCCCAUCGACGGCUCCUGCCAGUGCUCCCCGGGCUGGAUCGGCCAGGACUGCGCGCAGGCCUGCCCGGCGGGAUUCUGGGGCCCCGACUGUUUCCACACGUGCAGUUGUCACAACGGAGCCGCCUGCAGCGCGGACGCCGGGGAAUGCCGCUGCGGCCCAGGCUGGACCGGCCUCUACUGCACGCAGCGCUGCCCCUCGGCCUUCUACGGGAAGGACUGCGGCCACCUUUGCCAAUGUCAGAACGGGGCCGACUGCCAUCACGUCAGUGGCCGGUGUGGCUGCCGGACGGGCUUCGCCGGGCGCCACUGCGAGCAGAAAUGCUCUCCGGGGACCUUCGGCUCCGGCUGUCAGCAGCUGUGUGAGUGUAUGAACAAUGCCACCUGCGACCACGUCACCGGCACCUGCUACUGCAGUCCGGGCUUCAAGGGCAUCAGGUGCGACCAAGCUGCCCUCAUGAUGGAGGAGCUGAACCCCUACACCAAGAUGAGCCCGGCGCUGGGUUCGGAGCGGCACUCGGUGGGCGCCGUCGUCGGCAUCGCCCUCCUCCUGCUCCUCGUCGGGGCCCUGCCGGCGCUGCUGGCCUGGCACCACCGGCGGCAGAAGGAGAAGGGCCACCACAUGCCCAGCGUCUCCUACACUCCGGCCACGAGGAUCGUCGGCACCGACUACUCCCUCUCGGAUGUAUCGCACAGUAGCGGCAGCGGGCAGCACCUCCCCAACCCCAACUACCAUCCCCUGUCCUGCGCGGGGUCUCCUGAGCCCGUCAGUAGUCUGGACGGGAGCAGCUUCAGUAAGCUCAGUAACAAAUCCCUCGACGGCGACGCGGCAGGCUGGACCCCCUACAGCUAUCGGAAUGUGCUAGACUCCCAUUUCCAGAUCAGUGCCCUGGAGGCCAGGUUCCCAGCCGAGGACUUCUACAUUGAACUAAGACACCUCAGCCAGAGCACCUCUAAGCCCGGCAGACCAGGUGCUUGUGGAAUGGAUAGAGGCCAGAACACAUACAUUAUGGAGAAGGGCUUCAAAGGGCACACGAAAGGGUCGGUGUGCAGCUCCAGCACGGGCUCCCUGAGCAGCGGCAGCGGCGAGAACCCGUACGCCACCAUCCGCGACCCGCCCGCCCCCGCCCGCAAGCCCGCCGAGAGCAGCUACGUGGAGAUGAAGUCCCCCGGGCCCCGCCAGACGCUGCCCGCCGCCGCCGCCACCGCCACCAAGAACGUCUACGAGAUGGAGCCCACGGUGAGUGUGGUCCAGGAAGGCCGGGGGCCCGGGGCCGGCGCAGUCCAGAAUCCCUACGACCUUCCCAGGAACAGCCACGUCCCGGGUCACUACGACCUCCUCCCCGCCCCCGUCCCGGGACCCUGGCGGGACCAGCAGGGUUACAGGGACCCGCUCCUCUAGGCCGCCGCCGCCGCCGCCGCAACCUCCGCCUCCUCCCCCCGGGCGACCCGGGGGCUGGGCCCGGAACCGAUCGCCUGCGGUUGAAGACCUUCCCCACUGUCCGGCCUCCCUCCGCCCCAACGCUCUCUCCCCACCCCGCAAGGCCGCCCCUUCCAUUGCCGAAGCGGAUCCCACAGCUUCAAGGGUGGCUGGACCCCCCGCCCCUUCCCCCGGGCCCAGGGUCGGGCGGCGGGCCUUGCCUCCCGCCUGGGCCCGCCCUGCGUCCAGCCUGUUGUGCACGUGCUCCUGUAGCGCCCUGCCGCCUUCGCUCCGGCCUCCAAGGUGGACAUCUGCCCCCCUCCUGCUCCGUUCUCGCCUUUUUAAGUUUGACUUUUAUCCCCAGUCAACCCCCCGCCCCCAGGCCGGCUCGUUUUUAGGACACCCUGUCUGAGCACGACUGCCAGCUUUGUUCCCUUCCUGUUCCAAGACAGAACGGCCCCCCAACUUUGGCAGAAACAGCACCAACCUUCCUUGACCCUCCACUCGUUCGGUGCCUGCGCCUCUUCCCCUCCCCGCCCCCAGCGUGGUCCACUUCACAGCCCCCCCGCGCACUCCUCGAGCCGGGGAGCCGGGGAGGGACCGCGGCCCUGGGAGGCCAGAGAUCGGAUUCAGGCAGCCCCCGGCCCCUUUUCCGUGUUGAUAAAACCCUCGCCCUAGGAGAUAAGAUGACUUGCUCGUAAGUAGCUCUUAAGCUUGCCGUAGGAUUAAUUCAAAACGUGACCAUUUUUCUAGGCAGAUGUAGCAGUAGCAGAUUCCUUGCUUGAAGCGCGUUCUGUUUUUUUCUGAAGGGAUUAGCUCGGCAGGGCGAAGCCAGCUUGGGCGGGGGCGGGCGACGCGGGCGGAGGUGAGGGGAGACCGCUCGGACUGGAGUGCCAGUGCCAGUGGGCAGGCAGCAGGCCCGGACCGUAUCAGCAGCCCUCCCGCCGAGGAGCGCCUCAUCCCUGCCCGGAGGUAGGGCCGAGGCCCCAGGCCCGGCUGACCGUCUACUCCCCCGGGAGUGCGGACCGAAGCCUUUACUGCCAACCGGGCAUCUGGGCAUUGAAUCAGAGAGAGAGAAAAAGGUGGGCAAGGGGAGGGAGAGAUCUCCACCCCGAUGGUCACACCCUAGAGGAGAAGGUUCCCGCCCGGGUCCGGACCCACCGUUGACGCGACUGCCGCACGUGUGCCUGGGAGCAAGCGCGUAGUGAAUCGGCAGUAGGCAUCCUUUUUUCCAGAAAAGCUUUACGAAAGCAGACCGAGGCGGUUGCUCGGUGGGUCCGGCUGAGUGGAGGUGGGAGUUGUCCUCGGGGCCUCAGGUGGGACAGUGGCCGGGCUUGGGAGUGACCGGGGCGGAGAGACCGUCUCUCUGCAUCCCUGACUGCAGUAGGGCCCCUUCUCUGGCCUUUGCCACACGGGUGAGUGUCGUUCACAUCCCCACCGGUUAGGAGGAGGAAGCGUGUGUCCCACCGUUAGUAGGUGGGAGCGUUGGCAUUGGGCCAUCCAUCCUCUUUCUAUCUCUCCCCCUACCACCUCGGGCCCAGUGGCACACGAAACACCAGUCCCUCUAGGCAGCCAACGGCAAAACAAGGGCUCGACCCUUUGAACCCGGGAUCGCUUGCUCCCAGGGCAGGAAUCAGAGCCCUCAGAUCAAGAACCCGGAUGGCAGAGGGCCCCGUGGCACCUGCCCCAGGUGUGAGGACAUGGCCCGUUUUUUCUCCUGAGUGGGGUGACAGCCCUUUUCCAUGGAGGGUCAGAGCGCCGCUCGGGGAAAAGCCUCACUCGAGCCCCCUGUCUCCCUCCCUCCUGCAACCACCCGGGUGGCUGGCAGCAGCUGUUGGCAUCAGAGCAUCACCCCUCCCUCCCCUCCUGCUCCCACUGUCCAGGAGCUGGGUUGGAGCGGACACAGGGGACCGACUAACCUGGGAACGAGCCCUUGGCUAGCGGUGUGGGUGGCCGCACGGCAUCCGAGCCCCAGCCGCUAAGGACGGCCAGCGGGCUGGCAUCGGCCGCUUGCUCUGCCCGCCUCGGACGCCCGAAUCCGGGGCCGUGGGCGUAGUGUUUCUGGGAGACCCGUUGGCUUUUCACCCAAGCUGGAUUUUUAACCAAACGUGCCCCGCAGCCAGUUGAACAGAAACGGCAGACCCACCCCCCCGGACCGUAGCAUCACUUUAGGAAUUAGGCGGUGAAAUGGCAAUACUUUUUUAAGACAGAUUUGUAAUAUAUUUGUUCACCGGGCAACGGUUUCAGACCCCCGCACAAAAU